AUGAAUAGUCUAGAAAAAGGUGCGAACUUAAUAGAAGUCAUACCAGAGAUUCUGUUAAGGUUUCGUAAGAGCAGAAUCAGUGUUACUGCAGAAAUAAAACAGGCUUUUCUACAAAUCGGUGUGCAUGAAAAGGAUCGAGAUUUCAUGCGUUUCCUGUGGAUGGAUCAGAAUGAAAAUAUGUGUACUUUUCGACAUCGACGCGUCGUUUCCGGAGUCACUUGCAGUCAAUUUCUGUUGGGGGCCACAAUCGAGAGGCACCUGAAAAUGGUUUUAAACGCUGACGAAGAGGGAACACCAUAUUCCAAGGAAACCGUGAGGUUGUUGUCAAGUUUCAACGUGGACAACUGCGUGACGAGCGUGAGCAACAAGUUAGCAUUGGACUCGUUUAUGCAAGAGGCAAGCACAGUCAUGUUAAAAGCCAAAUUUGAUCUCCGAGGGUGGGAGCACUCCGGGCAGUAG